AUGCUCGCUGCAAUGAAUCGGCCAGAAGACACAGUCCGGGGAUUGCGUCCCUACCGCACCGAGGGUGAUGAAGAUGAAGGAAGGAAAGGUUCGACCGACUCUUUGGUGCCGCCUCCAUUGCCAUACAGCGAGGGCUCCCCAUCGCCAAAUGAAGACGAAGGGUCAAGACCAGGCACGGCCAUGGGCGACACCAUGGGCAACAAGCAAGCGCCUGGGCAGAAGAUGUUGACGCACGAAGAGACUAUCGAACUUGCGAAGAAUGCGGUAGAAAGUGGCAUCCAGGAUACCAUACGCUCUCUGGCAGGGAGUGAGGUUGUCACGGAUGUGGUCAAACCAAAGUUGACCAUCGACCUGGGUCAUUCCCAUAUUGUGCGCAUACCGGAACCGGUGGUAGAUAUAAUCAAAGAUGAGGUGGAAAGGUUAUCCUUGUCCAACAACCAUCUUUUCCACAUUCCCUACCGCUUUGCUGAAUGCUCCCACCUGCGAUAUCUCAAUAUCAGAGCCAACAAUUUUCGGGAAUUUCCAAAGGGCGUAUACAAAUUGCCUCUACUGGAGAUUCUCGAUCUAAGUCGGAACAAGAUCAACGCACUACCGGACGAGAUUAACAAGCUGAGAUCGUUGCGGGUGCUAUCAAUCAUGCAGAAUCGUCUCGAUGACUUGCCAACGGGGCUGUCUGAAAUGAACAAGCUACAGAUUCUCAAAAUUGCAGGAAAUCCCCUUCGGUACCCUCUGCGUCGCGUGCUGGAGGCUUCAGAAGCUGAAAUAACGUCAUCUGGGAUGACUGACAAUGAAAAAGAAGUCGCUGUUACCGCGGAGCUAAAGCGGUUUCUCAGAACUCGACAACAAGCGGCGUCCACACCAGAUCCCGAUAGUUCUGAAGCUGAUUUGGUCGUCGAUGCUCCCAAGCCUGCUCCCCCGAAACGCAAACUUAGCAGCAGAUUCCCCGUUAUUCCAAACUCUGGCGACGCCUCGACAUCUUCCUCUCGCUCUCCGUCGUUGUCGCGACCUUCGCCUUUAGUUCCUGCGAAGUCUCACUAUCGCAUGGCCUCCGGGCAACAGGGCACCGGUAGCUACCAUAUGGGAGCACUCCAGCGACCAGGAAUUAACCCCCAUGCCGUUAAUGAGCGGAAUCGGAGUAACAGCGAGGGGAUCAUUCAGGCCUCCGUCGCCGCCCGCAACAAGCGCAUGGACGAAACUCGCCCAUAUCGUAACAGCCACUUGCGCGGUCUCAGCUAUGGCUCUGUUCUUCGAACACGAAAGGUAGCCCCUACUCCUGCAGCAACUGGCGGUAGCAGCUCGUCAAGUCCCAGCAGUCCACGCGAGCGUCGGCGCUUGCGAGAAGGCUGGGUCAACCGAAUGUCUAGUCUUCCUGAACACAAAGGCGAGCGAGGCUCGGAUGAACCAAUCAUUGAGAGUGCUAAGGGCAUCUUGUUUGCGAUCUUCCAAGUUCACUCCCACAUUUCCACGCUGAUGAAUGUUGUCAAGCGUGAUGACACCAGACGCCAUAGCUUGGAGUUUGUGUUUGAAAACGCCUCUUAUCAUGUGGAUCAGCUAAAUGAUGUUCUUGAAAAUGCCGAAACUUCCAUGCCGGAAGAUACAGAUACUACGCGGGCAAUCACUGAGGCUGUGAAGCGAGAAUGCGAGACAUGCGUCUCAGCCUACAGCCAUGUUAUCACGCAGUUACGCCACAACACUGCUAAAAUUGUGACCAAUGGUGAUUCACGUUACGUCCGAUCGCUGAUGCUUGCAAUGUUUGGCAGCUUGGUAGAGCUGCGAAAUGCCUGUGCAAGCUUGAAUGUUCCGCUACGGACAGCCAAGAAACGACACUCGCCACUCAAGCAAUUGAUGCCGGCGCCUACACGGAGGACCCCAUCCGCCCCUCCUGGGCCACCUCCCUCCACAGAGCGACUGCAGCGAUCCUUGGUCACUCCCACACGUGAAACAAAUGGGCCGACUCGACGCUUACGAAGCGACACCACAAUCCGACAUCCCCAAAUUCCUAUGGCUGGCCCGUUGCCGAUUACCAGCCAAUCUGCUGUUGGCUCUCCUGCCACGCCAUCCUUUAACUUUUCGCGCAGUCGAUCAAGCAGCCGAUCCAACAUGAUGAAUCCCUCUCUACCUUCUUCGCUAGCCACACCUCGUUCUGGAGAGGCGUUCCCUCUUAUCCCUACAACUGGGCCUCGCAUCAAUCCGUUGACCGGGUUGGACGAAAUUGAAGAGGAUCGCAUCUUUGAAAAGAUCUUCUACCAACUCACAUCAGCAUACACGGCUGCUCUCCAAGCUCUUCCACUGGCUCGACGGCAAUUUAUUCGUUGCCUUGAAGCGGCUGAACAGCAACGUGAGACUGCAGGAAUCCAAUUGCUCUGGAAUAACCUGAUUCGUCGAUGUCGAUACUGUCUGGAAGUUUCAGAGACACUCGGUCUUCGCUUAUCAAGCAUGAAGGUCCGAGAACCAGGCGGGGGCCUUCGUAACCAGCGCGAGUUCUGGCAGCUUUGUAAAGGCUUCAUGCAAUCGUUUGUGGAUCUAGUCACCGAUAUGCGAGAAGUGCGCAGCAUGCAGCUACUCCCUCAGGACAUCAUCAUCAUCCUGCGUCCCGUUCAAAAGGCCAGCCGCGAAGCAGGCCGUCUUAUCGAAGCUUCUCCGUGGUCCUAUCUCGCCGACAUCUCACAUGGACCGAGCACUCUUUACGGCCCUCCACUGCAACCCCCGCAUACCCAACAUCAAACAUCGGUCUCCACAUCCGCACUUACAUCCCACCCGAACCCAUAUGGGCUCGCUGUUGGUGUGCCUCCUCACUCUGUGACUGUCCCUGCCACCCCGCUGAGCGCAGCACUUGGCCCUGCAGCACAGGCAACUGUCCCUUCCACACCGGCGAGUGCGUACAGCGACAAAUUCUUCGAGGGCGACGUCUUCCAGCGCGCGGACUCGCUUCUCUCGAUGGGACAUCAAGCGCCGCAUUUCCGACGUUAA